AUGGCACAGUGUAAUAAUGGUCAGGGUAGGAGAGGUGGGGUGGUGAUGGAUCCACUGGAUUUCCCACCCAAUUUGUGGGACCUCAUACUCCCCAUUCAUAUUCCUGUGGAUUGUCUUGAAACUGAUCAAGCCCACAUCUUCAGAGCUAACUUGCCUGGUUUGAAAAAAGAUGAUGUGAAAGUUCAAGUGGAAGAGGAAUGUGUUAUGCACAUUAGUGGAGAGUUUAAGAAGGAUGAGGUAGACAAGAAUGACAAGUGGCAUCAUUUGGAGAGACCACAUGGAACAUUCUCUCGCCGCUUCCGUCUGCCAGAGAAUGCCAUGUUGGAUCAAGUGAAGGCCAACAUGACAAAUGGAGUGCUGACUCUGACAAUUCCCAAGGUGGCUGAGAGUAAGCUUCAGAUCAUGCCAAUAGAUAUAUCUGAAAAUUAA